AACUGAAGGCUCUAUAAGUAUUUGAACUCGUUUUGAAACCCUAGUUUUCAGUUGGUGUGGGUGAGGUAGAAUCCUUCCACUGUGGUGACUGCGCGAUGGGUGCCUACAAGUAUGUUUCAGAGCUAUGGCGCAAGAAGCAGUCAGAUGUUAUGCGCUUUUUGCAGCGGGUGAGGUGCUGGGAGUACAGGCAGCAGCCCUCCAUUGUUCGUUUGACCAGGCCAACCCGCCCUGACAAAGCUCGUCGCUUGGGCUAUAAGGCUAAGCAGGGUUACGUUGUGUACCGUGUUCGUGUGCGUAGAGGUGGCAGAAAGAGACCAGUGCCCAAAGGUAUUGUUUAUGGUAAGCCAACAAACCAGGGUGUUACUCAAUUAAAAUUCCAGCGUAGCAAGAGGUCUGUUGCUGAGGAGCGAGCUGGACGGAAGCUGGGUGGACUUAGGGUCCUCAACUCUUACUGGGUGAAUGAGGACUCGACUUACAAGUACUUCGAGAUCAUUCUGGUAGAUGUUGCCCAUGGUGCUAUUAGAAAUGAUCCCAGAAUCAAUUGGCUCUGCAAUCCAGUGCAUAAGCACAGGGAGCUGCGUGGGCUUACCUCUGCAGGGAAAAGCAACAGGGGUUUACGUGGCAGAGGACAUCUGUACCACAAGGCUCGUCCAUCCCGCAGGGCAACCUGGAAGAGGAACAACACCCUGUCACUUCGCCGCUAUCGUUAAGUUUGUGUUAUCUUUUUUUGCUUCAAUUUAUUAAUACUAUUUUGAGGACAUAGCACUUGUUUGAUGUUUUGACUUUGGAAUGAGUUUUGAACGCUUCAAUACAUCCUUUUCGAU